AUGGGAAAUAUCAGCAGUAGGCCCGAAGAUGGCUCAGUACUGUACCUCAAAGAUCAAUCCCGUUUCUCGAUCAGUUCAAUCGUUGUUACAAACGCCCGCCGCAGAUCACUGAUAACAGUCACGCCUAAUGCAUACCCUGCCGCCCGACUUGUUGGAAAACCCGACGCGGCCGACUACAAACCGAUAUCCUAUGUACAGGAUCCCGAGUCCAUCAAUCUCUCCUUCCUGCCGAGAUUAGAUCUCGAAGAUGAACUUGAACUACAUUUCACAUUUGUGAGCCGACAAAACUCGGCCCCACUGCCUCCUACGCCUUCGACUGCCACAGCCGCUGUUGAUACCAAUAUCAGCGGUUUGACCUUUGCUUACGCUCAGAAUACAAAAGAUUUGGACAAAUUAAUCACCCGGGAAUUCCAUGCAGAUCCCAACUUACACAAGAAUUCAAAUGUCCAAUUCAUUGGCGAUUUCGGUACGAACGGAAGUCCGGCUGUAACAUAUGAAUGGCACUGGCAGUGGAAGCCUCCAAAAUCGUUCGAGGACAAAGGCGGCGGUUGGCGCAACUCUUGCAGUUUUCUUGAGUACGAUUCUCGGGCGCAUAGAUUGAAUACGCUAGCAUCCUUCUCUUUCUGGGUGAAUAACAAUGUGUCCAUCGCCAUGACACCACUCGCUUCGCCGGGCCUGGAGCUUAUAGUCCCAUCGCAAAGGGCGCGCUUGCCGUCCUCACAAUCAUUUCAAUCGGCAGUCAGUGAUACUGAGGGGCCUGCUCCGGUCGAGUAUGCAAGCCCGCCCUCUCCUCAUGUUCAGUCAACAGAGUUCAGUUCAACUGCCUCGACCGUUACGCCGCCCCUUCCAGUCAUUGAUGUUCAGUGUACACGACCUGGUGAAGACGUGAGUGCCGUUGAGGACGGGCCGGUUUUCAGAGCGACCAUGAAGUCUUUAGAGCAAAAGACCGGCAACAUGAGAAUACAAAUAAAGAAGGUUCUGAAACGUGCAGAGGCAGCUCAGCAAGCGCAAAGCGAGUACAAUCAGGCGAUGUCGGCAUUUCUUGCUGCGCUACAAGAAGCUUCAGCAUCCAAUGCCACCGCGUUCAAGCCGGCAAUUGAGCAUUAUUUCACGAAUAUUGCUCAGCGCAUACUAAAAUACGAGAAAGAAAAUGGGGUUUUGCUUCAGAAGCAGAUCAUCGAUCCCAUCACUAAACUCUACAACCUAGACAUCAAACAAGCAGAAUCUAAGAAAAAGGAUUUCGAGGAGGAAAGCCGCGACUAUUAUGCUUACGUCAGCCGCUAUUUAGGCCAACGGCAAGAUUCUCUCAAGGACAAGAAGCGUGCAGAGAGUGAUUCUAAGUAUCAGACUAAGAAGAAAAACUUCGAGCUCAAGCGUUUCGACUACUCGAGCUUCAUGCAAGACCUUCAUGGAGGUCGCAAGGAACAAGAACUCCUCUCCCAGCUCACGAAAUAUGCAGACGGACAAUCGAAGUCAUUCCUUACAGCGGCCAAACGGGUGGAAAGUCUAACUCCUAGGCUGGACGCACUUGUAAAAGAGGUCAUGGAAGCUGACAAAGAAUACAAUCUUCAAAGAACGGAAAGGGAAGAGAAGCGUCGAAAUCUAGAGAAGAAUGGCCCUUCUAUUGUCGAGACAGAAACCGUUUAUCAAUCAACAGCUACUCCUAGUCAAAUCCCGGCGCAAAAUGGCUCGACUGGUUAUACUUCUGAUACAGAUUUGUCUAGGGCGGACAGUGUAAGCUCGCAAUUUGGAACCGUAUCCAUCAAGACAUUAUCACCAACAUCCAACUCAAACAACUUCAAUGGCAUCCCAACCACAACGAUGUCAACUUCGCCGGGGGCCUCAUCCAUUAUACCAACACCGAGCAAGUUCAAAGGAAUUCGUGAUCUUGACGAGACUUCAGUCUCUGCAAGCGAGAAAUCCACAGGUGGUCAGUAUCGGAAAGAAGGCUUGCUGUGGGCUUUGAGCAGACCCGGCUCGCAUAUUGACCCCAAGGGCAUUAAUAAGCAGGCAUGGCACAAAUUCUGGAUUGUACUUGAUCAGGGCAAACUGUCUGAGUAUAGCAACUGGAAAGACAAAUUAGACUUACACCGAGAGCCUAUCGAUUUGCGGAUGGCAUCAGUAAGGACAGCACGUGAUGCUGAAAGGAGAUUCUGCUUCGAGGUCAUAACACCACAAUACAAACGCAUUUACCAGGCAACCACGGAAGACGAGAUGAACAAUUGGAUCAAUUCCAUCAACAACGCUUUACAAAGCGCAAUGGAAUUAGGUGGCCAGACUUCUCAACCAACGCGAAAGGAGCCUGUUGGUCGGGAGUUUGGUCACGUUCUCACAGGGAAAAGUUCUUCGCAGUCCGGUCCACACGGGUACUCCCAGAAAACCGAUUCAUUGGGGGUGGGAGUUGGACGAAGAAUCACUGUGGGUGCUAGACCGACCUACACACGCACAAGUAGCAACAGCUACGAUGAAAAUCCAUCGAAGUUGCUCGAUCAGAUUAGGAACAACGAUCAUGGCAACCAGUUCUGCGCCGAUUGCAACUCCACUUCGAAAGUCGAGUGGGUUUCUCUAAACCUCGGAAUAAUACUCUGCAUUGAGUGUGGUGGCAUACAUCGGUCUCUCGGAACUCAUGUGUCGAAGAUUAGAUCACUCACCCUGGACGUUCAUUCCUUCACGAAUGACAUUGUGGAGCUCAUGAUGCUCAUCGGAAACCGAAUCAGUAAUAUGGUGUGGGAGAGUCUGCUCGAUCGAAAUCUCAAACCCGCUCCAACAGCAACUCGUGAUCAACGGUUAAAAUUCAUCACGGCAAAAUAUGUUGAGCGGGUCUAUGUCGAACCUGUUGGACAGUAUGGGACUGCUGACGAUGCAUUACUGACAUCGAUCAAGAAACACGACAUUCAAAGCGUGCUGCUCAACAUCGCACGACGAGGAAAUGUCAAUGCGCACGACCGGUCGAGGAACACUCACGCGGUCUUUCUGGCAUUGGCAGCCGCUGAUCCUGCGCGGCCGGUCUCAUCUCACGCGACAAGCCCACAGCAGGCCUCGACAGUCAAGGCCUUCGCCAUGGCAGAACUACUUGUCCAGAAUGGAGCCGAGAUCCCUACUGAGCCACCGGCCAUUCCCCUCUCGACGGCCGCUCAGUUGUACAUUGAACAGCGCACGUCUAGAGCAGGGGCGGGUCCCGGCGGUGUCAGCGAUACGUUGGGCCCGCUCCCGAUGAUGAUGAAGGCUGCUCCGUUGCUGCCCUCGGAUAACAGCAUUACCAGCAAGUUACAGAAACGAGGCAGCGCAGGUGCCAGGUUCGCUGGCAAGGUGACGGGGCUUGGCGAACGAUAG